CAUAAACCAAGUGGAGAAAAUUAUGAAAAAUAUAAGAAUUAACCAUUUUCACCUCCAGAAAUGCUUUAAAGAAGAAAAUAUAAAAAGAAUAACCAAUUCUAUACGCUGAUAUCAAAUUAGGUCCUAGAAAAGUUGGAUGAUUAGCAUUAAGAAAAAAUGAUGAUGUUGUAGUUUAAUCAUUCUGUAAAGUUUGAGGUGUUGGAUAACAAGAUUAUGAGUUAUUAUUAAAUCAAGUAAAUGAGUAUCUUUAAAAGUAAUUAUUAUUUAAAGUAUUAAUUUUAGUGUUAUCUAAGAGACACAGAAGAAUCAUUAUGAAUAGGUAUACUUAUUAAUGA